ACAAAUAAUGUUGGGUGUAGCAAAAGAUCCUUUGGAGCAUACCAGCAUGUAUGAACGCAUGGAAGAGGAUAGUGAAGGCAGCGAUGGAGAGGGUGGCAUGGGUAAUGUUUCCCGAGUCAUCAUACGACCAGCCGGUGUCAGUGGCAAAGCGAAACGUGGCCAAAUAUGUUUUGAUGCCGCCUUUGAAACUGGAAAUUUGGGUAAAGCAAAUUUAAUAGGAGAUUUUGAAUAUGAUUUAUUUCUACGACCGGAUACAUGUAAUCCCCGAUAUCGAUUUUGGUUUAAUUUCACGGUGGAUAAUGUAAAGCAGGAUCAAAAAGUCAUCUUCAAUUUAGUGAAUAUAAGUAAAUCGCGAAAUUUAUUUAAUGCGGGUCUAACACCACUGGUGAAAUCAUCAUCACGCCCAAAAUGGCAACGUUUACCCAAGAAACAUGUUUUCUAUUAUCGUUCACCACAUCAUCAAAAUCAUUAUGUGUUGAGUUUUGUAUUUUGUUUCGAUAAGGAAGAUGAUGUCUAUCAAUUUGCUCUGGCACCGCCUUACAGCUAUUCGCGCUUGCAAUCGUACCUGAACGUGAUUGAGAAUCGUCAAAAUCAACAUGAAAAGAAAUUCACCAAGAGUGUGUUAACUAAAUCGUUGCAAAACCGCAAUGUGGAUUUAAUCACCAUUGAUCAUGUAACGGGCAAAAAGAAAACAAAUCUAAUUGAUCGCAGUUUUAUUCGUGUCAUUGUGAUUUUGUGCCGUUCCCACGCCAAUGCCAGUCCAGCAUCCUUUAUGUGCCAAGGUUUUUUGGAAUUUUUGUUAAGUAGCCAUAAUAUAGCGAAAAUUCUGCGUGAAAAUUUCGUUUUUAAAAUUGUGCCAAUGGUCAAUCCGGAUGGUGUAUUUUUGGGCAAUAAUCGUUGUAAUUUGAUUGGCCAGGAUAUGAAUCGAGUGUGGCAGGUGGCAACGGAAUUUUCACAUCCCGAAAUAUAUGCCAUUAAGAAUAUGCUAAGGGAAAUUGAUAAUUCAGAUUCAUAUCAAAUCGAUUUUGUCAUCGAUUUACAUGCUCACACAAGUCUACAUGGUUGUUUUAUUUAUGGCAAUACCUAUGAGGAUGUCUAUCGCUAUGAAAGGCAUUUGGUAUUUCCACGAUUGUUUGCAGGAAAUGCACCGGAUUAUGCUGCGAACAAUAUGAUAUUCAAUGCUGAUGAAAAGAAAUCUGGUUGUGCUCGACGAUACUGUUGUGAACGUUUAAGUGAUACGGUGAAUGCCUAUACAUUGGAAAUAUCAAUGGGAGGUCAUUAUCUAAAGGAUGGAAAAACUGUGGCGCCAUACACGGAGGAGGGAUAUUACCGUUGUGGUCGCAAUUUAGCUAGAACAUUUUUACAAUAUUAUCGUUUUAUAAAUGUACUACCGGUACCCCUACCGACGGAGGUGCGUCAAAAGAAACGACGGCCAAGAACCCAUCAAUCACGAUCACGGUCCAAAACCCGUUACGAAGUAAAACCUCGUCCGAAAACUACCCGCUGUUAUGCACCCAUUUCGUAUACAAAUCUUUCGAUAUGUUAUGAUUCGGGCGGUUCUUCAGAUGAAGGCGGUUUUUCACCAACACGUGCUGUAGCUCCCGGUAGUAGUCAUUUUAGUGGUUAUCGUAAUUAUCGACGUGUGGCAAGUUCAACAACUGUACCAUCAACAUCGUCGCAUCAUAACCAGCAUCAACAGACUCAUGAUCAGUUUGCCCUAUUACGAAUUAAAUCUGGUCGCUUUGAUUUGGCCCAUGACCCAUUGAUGCAUGACUAUUGUGUUAAGGCGAAAACUCAAUCGCCUGAGAAACAGACACGCUUUGAGGUACCAGUUAAUGUACCACCUAAGCCAUAUCUUUCAAUAAUCGAUUUGAAUCAGCUAACGCGGGGAAGUUUAAAAAUGAAGUCGUCCAGUUUUGAGGAUUAA